AUGAUCAUCAAUUCAAGAUCUUUGCUGACAUCUCUUUUAACAUGUCGUUCUAUUACCACUCAUCGUCAUCUAUCGCUGAACAACAAGCCGACUCUUUAUGAAACAUUGAAAGUUAUUGAAUCUUCACCUGAUGUUUUUAUUCAACCAGCUGAAACGCUCUUUGUGUUUCCUAAUCGAAAAAGUGUUUUCGGCGGUCAAAUCAUUGGAUCAGCAGUCUAUGCUGCUCAGAAGACAUUGACCAAAGAUUAUCCGUUACAUAGUUUACAUUCGUAUUUUCUUACUGCCGCCGAUAAUUCAUCGGCAAUUUCCUAUAAAGUGACGAGAUUACGUGAUGGUAAAUCAUUUGAAACACGAAGUGUAACCGCUAAACAAGACGAUCGAAUUGUAUUUCAAUGUGCAAUGAAUUUUCAUCGGAAAGAAAAAGGAAAUAUGGAACAUCAAUAUUCCAUGCCACAGAUCGAUGUACCACCACCUGAACAGCUACCGUCUUUACAGGACCACAUUCAAAAACUUCUUGAAGAUAAACGUUUAAAACCCGAGAUGAAACCAUUCGUAGAAAGUAUACUACAAAUGCCUGCUAAAAUCGAUGUUCGAUAUUGCCAUCAACGUGACUUACUUCAACCUCAACCUGUUUGGCCAGCGAAAGAAUUCGUUUGGAUGAAAUCUGUUGAAUCUCUACCUGAUUAUUCACAUAUUCAUCGUUCAGCCGUGGCCUAUUGUAGUGAUCGUGUUUUAUUGCCAACUGCUUUCCUUCCAUAUGCUCUCAAUGGUUACAAUUCUCGUAUUCGUAUGCAAGCAUCGCUUGAUCAUUCGAUGUGGUUUCAUGACGACUUUGAUUUUGAUACCAAAAUUGAUUCGAAUCCAUCAGAAGAACAAAGCCCAAUUAAACCUGUUCAGCGUAGUCCAGAUAUCCCACCGAUUCCGCCCAAAGUACGCGUACGUGCUGAUGAUUGGUUAUUGUAUGAAUUAGAAUGCCCACUACAUAUGAAUAAUCGUGCAUGGACUUCUGGUCGAAUCUGGACACGAAAUGGACGAUUAAUCGUGACAUGUACUCAAGAAGGUGUGAUUCGAUGUAAAUGA